GCGGAAUGAACCAAUCGGACGACGGGGAUCCUUUAUGAAUAAGCAUGCCGCUAUAAAUAUAUUCCCUUUUAUAUUGGCUGGUAGUUGAGUUAGCAGUGGCAAACGGAGGCGGCUGUGGACAGUAGUUUUGUGUGUAACUUUGUGUUGUGUGUCUUUAUUGCGGCUGUGCUGUUGUUGUAACUCUUUUAGUUCUUAUAACCCACUGUUGUAGAAUUACAUUAUCACCAUGGUGGUUGGAGAAGACCGAAAACUGUUCGUUGGAAUGCUCAAUAAACAACAGAUAGAGGAAGAUGUGCGACAACUAUUCAGUCCGUACGGAGCUAUCGAGGAGUGCACCAUCCUCCGCGAUCAAAACGGCAACAGCAAAGGUUGUGCAUUUGUGAAGUACACAUCCCAUAGUGAAGCGCAGACGGCUAUUAACGCACUCCACGGCAGUCAAACUAUGGCUGUAAGUACGGGAGCGUCCUCAAGCCUGGUUGUGAAGUUUGCAGAUAACGAGAAGGAAAGACAACUCCGCCGCAUGCAGCAGAUGGCCGGACCACUCGGACUCCUCAGUCCCCUGGCGCUGUCGCAGAUCGGAGCUUACGGCGCAUACGCACAAGUUCCACAGGCAUCGGUGGCGUCGUCCCAACAGAUCAUGCAGCAGCAGGCAGCAUUGAUGGCGGCUGCGGCAGCACAAGGCACGUACCUCGCGAGCCCCGUCAACCUGCUGGCAACACAGAUGCAGCAGAUUGGUGGCCUCGCCACACCCAACGGCAUCGCAACCGCGGCCAUCACCCCAACAACAGCUACACUGGCCAGUGGUGAACUGGUUCGAGCUGGCUCCGCUACCCAAGCUAUAAAUGGAGGACCUCCGAGUGUUCUUUCUCCGACGGCGAUGGCGAGUUUUGCCAUGCCGCAAGCUGCCAAUGGACAGCCGCCAGAAGUAUACACUAAUGGGAUUGCUCAUUACCCAGCACAAGCCGUUACCAAUGGUGACCCCUUACAGUCAUAUGCCGCUCUACAGCCUUACGCCAGCAUCGCUGCCUAUCCCGCGAUGUAUGGACAGUUCCAGCAGGCGCUGACUCAACACACGGCGGCCGUUCUGCCCACAGCUCAAAAAGAAGUGAUUCCAUUUUCAGGCCCGGAGGGGUGCAACCUCUUCAUCUAUCACUUACCACAGGAGUUUGGUGAUGCGGAACUCGCACAGAUGUUCAUGCCGUUCGGCAACGUGAUCAGCGCCAAGGUCUACGUGGACCGGGCCACCAACCAAAGUAAAUGCUUCGGCUUUGUGAGUUUUGACAAUCCGAGCAGUGCUCAAGCUGCAAUUCAGGCGAUGAAUGGAUUCCAGAUCGGAAUGAAGCGAUUGAAAGUACAGCUCAAGAGACCGAAGGACGCCAACCGGCCAUACUAAAGCAUAAACACAGGACAAUACAAGUGCUAAAUGAGCCGACUAUUUGCCAAAAUAAUCUGCACCCGUCUACAGAUCCAGAAUUAAGAAUUAUCUACUUGUAAAAGAAACAAUAUUUUCUAACAAUAUUUUAAUGAGUAAUCUUUUUCCUAUACAUUUGCUAAUUCCACAUUUUAACAAUUUUUAUCAGCUUAUGAACAUACGCUUGCCAAUCUGGAAUAGUAUACAUGUAUAUUUAGUUAUAAAUGAUUGUUAUAUCGUUUGAGAUCGAUGUUUUUCUGUUUAAUAGGAUUCAAAUGUUUCAUUGAUGUAUUGAACUGUAGGUUUUAAUUUCAUCAACAUGAAUGUUCAGUGUAGUGGAUUUUCUACACAAAGUUCAGAUGAACAAAACGAAGAAAAACUUUGCGAACAGAUCCCACCGAUUUUUUUCUAGGUCACAAAGUUUGAUCUUGUGACAAAUGUAUUUGUAUUUAUUUAUUUUUGUUAAUAAAUGUAUGUUUGUUUCUUGUAAAGAGAAAGUACAAAUCUAAUUUUAUUGUUCAUUUAAGAAAGAUUACAGCCAGAUUAUAAAAUAAUUGUUUUAAAGACCAUUAUUUACACACAAAGUGUUCAGACUAUUUCCAGCAGUAACUUAUUUUAAACUUCAUCUAUACAUUUAAAACUGAUCUAAAGAUUUCAAUUUUAAAAUGUGAAAUCCAUUUUAAACUUUUUUUUUCAUUUUUUUUCACUAAAAUCUUUAUCACACAUGUUUAUAAACUGUUGUAUUGGAGUAUUAAUUAAAUACGUUUUUAAAUACUGUCAUGAAGCUAAAAUAUCUUCAUAAAUAUUAUAUUUUCUACUCUACUUUCCUAAUUGUUCUUGACUUUUGCACACAAAACAAAAAUCUUUAAAAAAAAAAGCAGAGGAACAUUUUCUAUUUGUAUAUCUUGUACAGUAAACAAAAAGUUAAGAUAUGUUAGUUACAUAAUAAACUUAUUUUAUGAAUGUUUGGUUUGUUAAUAUUUGCCGACUUCGCCUGUUUCUGUAAAUGCAGAUGUUGAAAACACAUCUCCAUUUCAAUGUGCGUGUUUUAUCGGUCGACACAUUCCAAUCUCCCGCCCUGUUAAAUCUAUGUGCUUGAUGUAAAAACAAAAUUACCAAAAAAAGAAAAAUAUAUGACGAAUUACAUAAUAUAUUAUAUUUUAACACCUAACAAGUUUUUUUAUUGUGUAAUACCGUUAUUACAUUAUAUUUUUGUGUUGUUUUUCCAUCAAAUACAUGCAUCUGUCGUACUUGAAAUGGAGACGUCGUAUCUUCUGGCCCAACGCAGACUGACUCGACAUAAAUAUUUAAUGCAUUCCCAUGUACAAAGGACUUUUCAUGGACCGGAAACGAACUCUUCGAGGCUGUAUUUUGUUCUUGUAAUAUAUAUGAAAUAUUUAUUUAAUCACUUGUUUGUUUGUCAUACUGAUAAGUGAAAAUUGUUUGAUAUUCUAAGUUUAUUUGAAUGUUCAUGAGGGAAAAAAAAAAAUUAUGUUUUUUUUUUUUUUUUUUUUUUUUUAAAUCGGCAUCAUUUAUUAUUUUUUGUUACACAGUCUGUGUCUGUGUUGAUUAGUCAUUCAUUGCAUGUGACUCACUGACUCUUUUUGAAUUGCACCAAUCAGGUGAUUUGUUGUAAACAUGCUGCAGGCAUUUCAUUGUUAGAGCAUAACUGAUUGGUUAGCAGUUGUUGCUGUUCAUCCAAUGAGAUAUUACGUUAUGUUCACCCUUAAAGUUGUGUAUUUAAAUGGGUCGAAUUGUUUAAUUCAUUUAAAAAUCUUAUAAUUAGUGAUUUUAACUGUGUGUUUUUUUUUCUUAAUUUAUUAUUUUUAAAUCUUGUGCGGGUAAACACUCGAUUUUCGUUUGAACAUGCUGAUGAUGUAUAUUUUAUUAAUUUUUAAAUAUAGACAACAUGUUGAACCUCUUGAGAAGUAGUCAGUUUAGCCUAAUGGGUAGGUCUACCUACUUUGUUUGUUCUUAAAUGUUACGGAAAAUAGCUUGUUUGUUUAUUGGUCUAUAUUAAUUUUAUUUAUAUUGUGAAUCUCAUGAGAGGAACAACUAGAUACUGUUUUUGAAUUUGUUUCUAGCUGUCUUUCGAUAUCUUUUUUCUUAAAGAAAUCAAAGAUGAAUUGUUCAGUCGUAAAUGUUGUUAGUUUUGCUUGUUUCUAUCAUAAUCAAAAUAUAUUGCUAAAAACAAGUGGUGCUAUAGAAUAAGUACAGAUGUUGGUCAACAGAAGGUAUAUCCAUGGAAGCUAGAUUAUUUUCUCUUAUUGUUCAUAUUGAAGAUGAAGUUUAGGUCCCCCAAGAAAUAUUUUGUUCCGUCUCCAUCAGAAAUGUUAUAUAUAUAUAAAAUAAAGUAAUUCUCAGAUGGAUAUUUCCAAAACAAAUUUUAAUAGAAACCAUUCCUGUAAUAAUGAAUAAGGUUUACAUUACAGUGAUAAAAACCAUACGAGUUAUUUUAUAUUUUAUUUAAAAACAAAAAUAAAAAAUCAUGAUUAAAAUUCAGCCAGUUUUGUUGAUGCUAAUAGAACAAAAACAACAACAAAAUCAAUCAUAACUUGUUGCCAUUUUAAUUUUAUGGUAAAUUAUUAUUUAAUUCAUUUUAAUCUAUGUAAAAGAUUAGAUUUUUAAUCUAUGCUUGACGUCCAAUAGCCGAUGAUAAGAUAAAAAAUCAAUGUGCUUUAGUGGCGUCGUUAAAUAAAACAAACUUUUUUUUUUAAUCUAUGUUGUUCAAAUUGAUAAAUUAAUGAAUAAAUCACCAAUUUAUUCUUUAAAAAGAAACAAAGAAACAAACAAAGAAACAACAACAAAAGACUAAUACAUCAAACUCAAUAUGGACGAAAAGGGAAAUAACUUUAAAAUUGUUACUUCAUGUGUAUGAUCGGAUUGGUUUUUCAGAAUUUCUAUAUUAUCAUAAAUUAUCUAUGAAAAAAACUUGUUUUAUUAACACACAUCAUUUUAGCAAUGUUAGUAUGUUAAUGUUGAUUGAUUUAAGAGGAAGGGACCUGUCAAAAAACAAGUUCCAGUGCUCAAGUAAAGCAGUGGUUCAAGGAGAAAUAAGCAAAAGAUUUAUUCUGUUAAUCUAAAGAGAGAUAAACCAUAUGACAAGGUCUGGUUGUCACAAGGGGAGAUAAACUAGAAAACAACCAGUAUCAAGGGAAAAUUAUUUAAAUCGUUAUAGAAAAAGCAAAAGCAAAAUCAUACUCGCUUUUAGUUCCUCGAAAUUGAUCAUUUACUAAUAAUUGCAAUAUAAACUGUAUUAACCAGGGGUGGGAAUUCUCCUCGGAUCCGCUGUUUUCCUCUCAUGGAACAUUGCGUUUUCUCACAUUUUAAUCGUCAUUUCCUCCAAAAUGUGUCGGAUCGCACAGAUUUUAACCUAGGAUUUCAAGAAUUUCCGGGACCCCUCUAGAUUUCCUUUUUUUUUUUUUUUACAGUUCACCAAUUGCCACCCCUGAGUAAAUGCCCACAUAUCAUAGCCUUUACAUAGGGCAAGAUCGGUUUGUACCAGUCGACAACAAAUAUUUCUUUUAUAAAGAAAAGCAUGUUGGAUGUUGAUUAUGGGAAUCAUAACGAUUUGCAGCUAAAAGCCAGAUUACAAGUAAAAGUUAUUUUGUCGUCUACCUGUUGAUUUAAAAGCAAACUUAUCAUUUGUUUCCACAACUUGUUAUCGAGAGUUAUUAUUUUGUUGGUACAUUUUGUUUUUAUGAAGUUCAUUAUUAAACUUUUUACUCAAUUAUCUGAAAUCAAAACUCAAAAUAUGUUUACAUUAAAGCAUAAAGUUAAUGUCUGUU